ACCGCGAGGAAAUCAGUUGCCGCGUUGCCGCCGACACCGAUGCGCCAUCCCCGUCGUCCCGCAGACGCUGCUGCUCGUCCACGCUCGUCCGUUCGUUCGCUCGUUGUUUCCGACGCACCGCACGCCCGGCCACCGCCGUCGCUGUCGCUGCACCCUUGAGCGUGUACAAGUCGUGGGUCACGGACGGAUGAGAUACGUUUGCCCGACUGCAGUCGCGCCUGCGUUGCCGGCCCGUUAAACGUCCGCCGUAGAGACCGGUUCCGCUUCCGGGGACAGCGGACAGCGCCACUGUAAGGGACUGUUGCGACAAAAAAAAAAAAAAAACCACGAAAAAACCAGUGGAAUUCAAAGAGUCUGCGCGACUUCUGCGUAUCCUCCGGGCCAUCCACCCUCUGGGUUCGUGCACCGUCUUUGACCCGUGAAACGUUGGGACCUGUUUGGACGGAAUUUUUAACAGAGCGCCGAUAUGGCUCAUCGACGAUUCACCGUGCUGUUAGUAGUGUUCGUUGUUCUGGUGUACGACAAUCACGGUUACGUCGCACAUCGACGAGUGAAGAAUCAAAAACCAGGCAUACGCAGUUACUCGGACGCAAAUAAGAAUAGCGAUAUCAAUGUAUGCGCUCUGGAGCAGAAGACCACUAUUAACUUGUUUUGUUACUGCGACGAUUCCGCGAUACAUACGGCUUCGUCGGCUGACUGUUGGGUGUUCAAUGACGGUGAGCCCAGGGACUCGUCCAUAUGGCAGGAGUUCCGGUCUCAAUCGAACAUUACCAAACUGACGUUCAACGUCCGCGGUUCAUCGGCGCAAACGCUGUCGUUUGUGCCAACCGAAGCCUUGGCCCAGCUGCCGGAACUGAGGACACUAGAGAUCGUAUAUGCCGGAAUUAGGACUAUACACUCACACGCGUUCGCCAACCUGUCCCAUUUACAAGAUUUAGCCUUGGGCAGGAACAACAUCCUGCGACUGUCUAGAGAGUCGAUAGCAUUCAUGGAGGACGUGCGCGUCGUCACGCUAGGCGAUAACGCCAUCGACGGCAUCAGCAAUGACGUGUUCGCUAACCUACCCGCGCUCCGGAAGCUGUACAUGAACAACAACAACAUAAGUUACAUAGCCGAGGGCGCUUUCGAGCAGUUGCGCAAACUCGAAGAGCUAGACGUGUCCGUAAAUCGACUAACAGGGUCGUUGUCCAGGUACGUGUUUUUGGGACUGAUAUCUUUAAAAAGAUUGGACAUGCGAGCCAACCACAUCGAACGAGUGGGCCCAGAUGCUUUCGCCGAGUUAGUUAGCCUAGAGGAACUCGUGUUAGAAGACAACACCAUAAGGACGAUUGACGGUAGAGGAUUUUCUGGAUUGAAUAAUCUACAACGCCUUACGUUGGCGGAGAACAGACUAACCGUGCUCGACGAUCGUAUACUUCACCAUCUCGAAAAACUCAGAUUUAUCGAUAUAAGAUACAACAAUUUGAAAACUCUGACUUUCAGUACCAUAGAACCGUUAUUGGACAGACUCCGCAACAUAUCGUUCUAUUUUUAUUUGGAAGGUAACCAGUUCGAAUGCGACUGCGAUCUGCUGUGGAUGAACCGGUUGGCCGCGGAGACGAUCAACGAACAGGUGAAACGGGUGCUGUCCGAGGCGGAGUGCACGAUGAACAGCACGGCGGCCGACGGCGACGACGGGUCGGUCGAACAGCAGUUCGGCAGCGGCAAGCAGCGGAAAGCGUUCGAGAACGGGCUGGACGACGGCGUGCCGGGCGUCGGAGUGGGGGGCUACGGUGAGCAGGCCGGCGGGACAGGAUCAACUGGUGCGGACGGUGGUGGCAGCGGCGGUGGAACAGGAACCAGUGAUGGUGCGGACGCGGUGCUUAUGAGGUCCGCGGACGAGUCGCAGCUGACCAAGGUGAGCGCUUUGGACGAGGAUACGUGCCCGGGCAAGGAACCACCGGUCGUGGACGGGGCACCGGACGCAGCUCAGAACUCGGACCGCGUGCUGUGGGAGUCGACCAAAACGUCCGGGUCGGCAGCCGCCGCCACCGCCGCGCUCUUCCGGACGCCAUCGCCGUGGUCGUCAGUGUCACCGCUGCUGUUGCCGGCUCUCGUCUUCGCUCUCCGUUCCCGUUGCUGUUAAGCUGACCCGCGUUCCCGUAUUUUACAUAAUAAUAACGAUAAUAACGAUAACAAUAAUAAUAAUAAUGAUAUUGUUUGAUACGUACCACUACUCAGAUGGAUUACAUUUGCAUAUGUAUUGCACGGUGAUCAAAACGAUCCAUUGGAAAUGUGUAUGUGUACAAAUUCGUACUCGAGCGUGCGCACACACUCGCACACACUCGCAUACACACGAAUACACACGCACGCACACGCACACACAUACACACACACACAUACACAUACACACACGCUCGCUCGCACGUACUCGUCUUACGAUUACGCGUGUGCAGUGGUCGCGUUUCUUCAAAACCGGCCCGAAACGAAAAAUCCUGACCGUCCCCGAAAGCUACCCCGAUUCCAAAAUCUCUCAAAUCUCACGAAUAUUUCACCGGCAAUCAUCGCGCGCUGUUUCAGACGUAUCCUCCCCAGGACGCCGUACGCGUAAGCUACUCUCUCCCCCCUGUCACCCUGUUCCCUCUUACUUGUCCAACAGUACGAUACACGUGUCGACGGUGUAAGGCGCCAAAAGAUUUUCACCCCGAACGUUUUUCUAAUCGAUCCGAACGACGAACCGCCAAAAACGUUGGUCCUCCGUUGCCAAAGUGUCGCGAAGUUGCGCGUCACUGCACACACAGUUUUCAUUGCGAUAGAUUUACUAACGAUUCAUUACUAUUACUAUUAUUAUUAUUGUUAUUAUUAUCAUAUUCCGAUACCAUCGUUUCGUCAAGUAACGUAUAUAUUUAUCGAUUCAUACGUAAGUCGUAUGAAAGCGAAGAGUACCGUUCGCCUAUCGAACACGCACGUCUACGGCAUCGCAUUUUAUAGCCGUCGCGCGGCGCUCGAUUUGCGUGACAGUAAACGGAUCCCGGAAGUGACGAAAAACGGCACUGAGCGCGACCGGUGAAGUUUCGCGCGGUUAUCGGAUUACGGCGAUAUUGUAAUGUUGUUUCCUGACGAAAACGCUGCAAAAACAUUCCGAUUGAAAGCAAUAAAGACGAUUUCGCGCAGAGAAGUCGUUAUUGGUUGUUGUGCAGUAAUUGGCUUAGGGAUUCGACUUCGCGGUGGCCGUACGCUGUAUUAUUAUGUAUGAGUAAUAUUACUGUAAACGUUCGUUUUCGUACAGGAAUGUAUCCGGUUGCAAUUUCUUUUUUCCCGCGUCAUUUUCCUUCGACUUGGUUUUACAUCGCCAUAAUAUUGUAUUCUAUUGAAAACUAUAUCCUAAGCCACAAACAUAAACCGAUUAUGAUUAAGUAACAUAAUCAAUCUCGCAUAAAUCAUGUCCGUAAAGUUAAAAUGUCUCUUACAAAUAUAACAUUUAUUUAAAAUAAAAAAAAUAAAAA